GCGCCCAGAUCACUUCCCAUAUCACACACCCUAAUCCAUCCCAUUCCCAUCGAAGAGUUCAUCAAGUGAGCAAGCAACACUUGAUAGCUUCCAACUAAAUCAAAGCUGUAGAAUUCUACUACUCCGCUAGUCACACACAUCAGAUGGCGUUCGCGCUCAAGGCGUCCCCUUCCACCUCGUCCUCGGCCGCGCUCAGCCAUCGGACACGGCGCGUAGUUUGCAACAUGUCCACGGCCACGCCCAGGCCGACGAGGCUCGUCCUCAGUGCGCCACCGCCGCCAGGGUUCUCCGUGGUAGCUACGGUUGCCAUUGCCGACGAGCGAACAAGCCGCCGCCGCCAGAUGUCCGUGGCGCAGACCAUGGCCAGGCUCAAGGCGCAGGGCAAGACGGCGUUCAUCCCGCGCAUCACGGCGGGGGACCCGGACUUGGUCACGACGGCAGAGGCGCUGAGGCUGCUGGACUCCAUCGGCGCCGACGUCAUCGAGGUCGGCAUGCCGUUCUCGGACCCCUACGCCGAUGGCCCGGUGAUCCAGGCGUCCGCGGCGCGGGCGCUGGCAGGUGGGGCCACGAUCGACGCGGUCAUGGACAUGCUGAGAGAGGUCACGCCGGAGCUGUCCUGCCCCGCCGUGCUCGUCUCCUACCUGGGCCCCGUCGUCCGGCGCGGGGCCGACAGCUUCACCGCCGCCGUCAGAGACGCCGGCGUGCAAGGGCUUAUGAUACGUGAUCUCCCUUACGCAGAGGCAUGCGGUUUCAGGGCUGCAGCCAGCCAGAACGACCUGGAACUGGUGCUACUUACAACGCCAGCUACACCAGCAGGGAGAAUGACUGAUAUCACGAAAGCUUCAGAAGGUUUUGUUUACCUUGUAAGUGUCAAUGGAGUUACAGGUCCGCGAGCAACUGUGAACUUGCGUGUCAAGGGUCUUCUGAAUGAGAUCAAGCUGGUCACUGACAAAGCAGUGGUAGUUGGAUUUGGCAUAUCAACACCUGACCAUGUUAGACAGGUUGCAGAGUGGGGUGCCGAUGGAGUAAUCAUCGGCAGCGCAAUGGUGAAGCAACUGGGUGAAGCAGCUUCUGCAAGAGAAGGGUUGAAGAAACUGGAGCAGUAUGCUAAAAGCCUGAAGGCUGCCCUGUCGUGAGAUAUGUGAACUAUUAAGAUCGGUUAAUUAACUGGAUCGCCAAGAUGUAAAUACAUAAAGGCACGGUUGAUUAGCUACACCUACAGGCUGGUUUUUAGUAGUCAAAAUAAGAAUGUACUUGUAGAAGCAAAUGGAGCACCCUGUUAUUUUCGUAUGGGCAGAAGACCCUGGCUAGCUUUGGAGCCAAAUCUCCCCCUGCUGUUGUGAUCAUGGUUUACUUUGGAAGGUGGGGAAAUAUCCAGUGAAAACACUUAUCCGGUGAAAACCUGAAAACUAUCUCUGUCAACCGUUGGAUCGAGAAUGUAUGGCUCAGAUUGAAGGUGGGAUUGGAACCAGCCACUUAAA